UUGCAAAUUGCAGCCCAAUCUCGUAUCUUCGUUAUUUCCCUCUUUCCUCAGAAAAAAUCUCGCGCGAUGCUUAUCAAAGAAGAAGAAGGAUCGGAAUCGGAGCAGCACGAUCUCUCCGAUGACUCCGACUACGCCGCCUCUCAAUUCCAGGGUUUGAGCAGCAGCGUUCGGUUGGAUUCGGGCGAGAUGAGUGGAUUUGAUGAGAGCGCUGAGUUCGAGGUUGUCUAUUCGAAGGAUAAUGUUGCGAUCCAUCCGACGCAGAUGGCGACUGAGCGGAUCAGUGGUCGAUUGCGCCUCGUCAAGCAAGGAUCUCUCGUGUUCUUGACAUGGAUACCUUAUAAGCCUAGUUAUGAUAGGGUUGAUUCAUUUGGACGCAGCUCAAAUCCGAGCACCCUAGCGAAAGAUAGAAACCUAUACACCAUAAAAGAUGUGCCUUUAAGUGAUAUACGUUCAGUCCGUAGGCAUACACCUCCGUUUGGCUGGCAAUACAUAAUUAUCGUCCUAUCAUCAGGUCUAGCAUAUCCUCCGCUUUAUUUCUACAAUGGAGGGGUUCGAGAAUUUCUUGCAAUGUUAAAGCAGCAUGUUCUUAUUGUCAGGUCGGCAGAUGAUGCAAAUGUCUUUCUUGUGAACAAUUUUCAGGAUCCUCUUCAGAGAAGUCUAUCAUAUCUGGAUUUGCCUGGGGCUCUUGGUAUUGCAAAUGGGGCAUCUUUGCAAAAUUUAACUAAUUCAGUAUCUUCACUUGACUCCCGGAGGCCUGAUGAUACCAGCUAUGAUGAGGGUUCCAGUAGUUUGGAUUAUACUGGGAGACACAAGCAUAGAGUUCAUGAUCCUGCUCAUGACAUCUCGCUUCAGGUCUUGGAGAAAUUUUCGCUGCUUACCAGAUUUGCUCGGGAAACCACAUCACAAAUUUUUCGUGAAAGUCAAAACAAUGGAUUCAAUGCUUACGAGAGAAAGCAAAAGAAGGAUUCAGUUCAGAUGAAUGAAAUUGUUAGUCCACCAAAUGACACAAAAGCAACUCCUGAAGAAAAAUUGGAGAAUUCAGAUACUUUGAAGUCUGAUGAGCUAAAUCUAGUGUGGGGAAAACCAAGGCAGCGACCUUUGGGAGUUGAAGAGUGGGAAGCUUUCUUGGACUCUGAAGGGAGAAUUGUUGAUUCAAAGGCAUUAAGGAAAAGAAUUUUCUAUGGAGGAGUUGAACAUGGUCUGCGGAAGGAGAUUUGGAAAUUUUUGUUGGGGUACUAUGCAUAUGAUUCAACAUUUGCUGAGAGGGAAUAUCUUGCAGCAGUUAAGAAGUUGGAGUAUGAAACAAUAAAAUCCCAGUGGCAGAACAUUUCCGAAGCACAAGCGAGAAGGUUUACGAAGUUCAGGGAAAGAAGAGGCCUGAUUGAAAAGGAUGUGGUGAGAACUGAUAGAUCUGUAUCAUAUUUCGACGGAGAUGACAAUCCCCAUGUGAGACGUCUACAUGAUAUACUGCUGACGUACUCGUUCUACAAUUUUGAUCUUGGUUAUUGUCAGGGUAUGAGUGAUUUUCUGUCACCGAUAUUAUUUGUAAUGGAAGAUGAGUCAGAAUCAUUUUGGUGUUUUGUUGCUCUCAUGGAACGUCUGGGACCAAAUUUUAAUCGCGAUCAAAAUGGAAUGCAUUCCCAACUUUUUGCAUUGUCUAAGCUGGUGGAGCUUCUAGAUCAGCCAUUGCACAAUUACUUGAGACAGAAAGACUGCUUGAAUUACUUCUUUUGUUUCCGUUGGAUUCUUAUACAGUUUAAAAGGGAGUUUGAGUACGAGAAAAUAAUGCAUCUUUGGGAGGUACUAUGGACUUACUACCUAUCAGAGCACUUCCAUUUGUACAUGUGUGUUGCUAUCUUGAAGAAGUACCGGCAAAGGAUUGUGGGUGAGCAAAUGGACUUCGACACUCUCUUGAAGUUCAUCAACGAGCUCAGUGGUGGCAUCAAUCUUGACGACAUCAUAAGAGACGCUGAGGCUCUCUGCAACUGUGCUGGAGAACAGGGAGCAGCUUGCAUUCCUCCUGGAACCCCACCGUCAAUGCCUCUUGAAGAAGAGCCGGGUGACUAUUCUCAGCCUGGUGAAUUGUAACUAUUUUCUCAUGGGAAAGUACUGCUUGUAUAUAAAAUACGAGUUCUAUUUUUUUUUUUUUUUGAAGUUGACUUAAUCGAACAUAUUGCAUAUUAUACUGUUAUUGUAAAUCAAUCAUGUACUUAGUUACUAAAUGUUAGCCAUUGGAUUAUGCUA